AUGGCUCCAUUCGAUCUCGCCAAGUGCGCGCGCCCUAACAUCCUCAAAUUGCAGCCUUACCGUUGCGCCAGAGAUGACUACAAAGAUGAUGGAACGAACGUCCUGCUCGACGCCAACGAGAACGCCUACGGCCCCGGCCUUGCCCUCAACCCUGAAGGUGCCCUGCAGGAGUCUACUGUAACGGGAUCGUCGACGGGUUCUUCCAAGCCAGAAAUUGAUUUCCUGGGUCUGAACCGCUAUCCGGAUCCUCACCAGGUCGAGUUGAAGAAGCUUUUCUGCCAGCUGCGCAACACCCACACCCACACCCAGAAGGACCUGGGGCCUGAGAACCUCUUCGUCGGUGUCGGAUCGGAUGAGGCCAUCGAUGCGCUGUUGAGAUGUUUCUGUGUUCCGGGCAAGGAUAAGAUCCUCACUUGCCCUCCCACAUAUGGCAUGUAUGGGGUUAGUGCGCAGGUGAACGAUAUCGAGAUUGUGAAGGUGCCUUUGGAUGUGGACAAUGGCUUCCAACUGCAGCCGGAGAAGAUCAAUGAGGCACUGGCGGCAGACUCCUCGAUCAAGAUGGCUUAUAUUUGCUCUCCCGGAAACCCUACCGCGAAUUUGAUUAAGAAGGCGGAUAUUCAGAAGGUGCUGGAGCACCCGACGUGGAACGGAGUGGUGGUUGUCGACGAGGCGUACAUUGACUUUGCCCCCGAAGGCUCUAGUUUGGCUGAAUGGGUGACUGAGUGGCCCAACCUGGUGGUCAUGCAAACGCUGAGCAAGGCGUUUGGUCUGGCGGGUAUCCGCCUGGGUGUUGCGUUCACCAGUCCCCCAAUUGCAACUCUGCUUAACAGCCUCAAGGCCCCGUACAACAUCUCUAGCCCUACCAGUGCCAUUGCCACGGCCGCUCUCUCGCCGACCAACAUGACCGUGAUGAAGAAGUACCGGGAGCAGAUUAUUGUGCAGCGGGAUCGGCUGGUGCAGGAACUGCCCAAGAUCCCCGGUGUCGGCCGGUUCCUUGGCGGCCAAGAGGCCAAUUUCCUCCUGGUCGAGAUGCUAGAUAAGCCGGCUAGCGAGGGCGGCAAACCUAGCAACAAGACAGCGCUGGCUGCUUACGAGGCCAUGGCGGAGAAGAGGGGAGUGGUGGUGCGGUUCCGUGGCAAGGAACUUGGCUGCGAGGGUUGCCUGCGAAUCACCGUGGGAACCGAGCAGGAGGUCACCAAGUUCUUGCAAGAACUGCGGGUGGUCCUGGACAGCAUCCUCAAGGGGGGCGACAUCCAGUCCCUGAGGGAGUAA